AUGUCUACCUCCAGCACUACGACCAUCCCUCCCAAGGGCAAGGCAACACAGCAAACCGUCUACACCACUGCUGGCACCGUCUACAACCCAACCGCCACUCCCCUUCAGCCACCCUCCCGGAGAGGUCGUACCUCGAGGUGGGCUCCCCCGUCUCAGGCGGAACUGGCCCUUUUCAACAAGUCUGUUCUGGCCAGCUUCCCUUACAAACCAAGCCGCUCUCCUCCCACCACGGCUUCCAGCCUGAAGCACUACACUCCCCUGCAACAGAACAGUGAUCGUGCCAUUGAGCCUCUCAUGUGCCCGUCGCUCUCAGGACGGACCCUUUCCGAGUCCUCUUCCACUCUGUCGCUCAAUAGUGCGCUGUCGCUGGAGAACACGAACAGCCUCAACAGCAACGGUCGCCUUCUCGACGACAUGCGUCUCACAGACGAUGAGAAGGAUGAGGAGGAGCUGACCCGUAUGAGUGUGCUGCCUGUCAGAACAAUCACCAACCUGGCAUCCUACCCAAAUCCGUCCCAGAAGCUGGCUCAGAAGGCUCUCGAUCGCGCACGAGAGACCAUCAAGGCCGCUGCCGAGAGCUCCCGCUCUUUGACCUCCAAUGUCUCCCAGAAGGGUGUUCAAAGGAUGGAGGGAACUGGAGCCAGAUCAACUUCUGCGAACCCAGACCGAGAUGGUCCCGCUACUUCUGGAUGGAUCUCCAAGCAUGAUCAUUCGAGCAACGCUACCAGAUCCAGUGUUCUCUCCAGUGGUCCCGGAGCGCCUCAGCCUUUGACCGCUGGACCACCAGGUCAGAGACAGUACAAGCCUUCUACUUUGGAGGCGACAUUCCGAGCUCUGCAUUCAGGCGCUCAGAAGCCUUCCUCCUCCGCGACCGAGGAGGAACACCUCAAUAACAAUGCUUCCCUGAUGAACAUGGGAAAGUCAGCAAAAGUCACAGUGCCAUCUCAACCUCAGUCCCCAUACCAGGCGCCCCUGCCGACUAAGGACUAUUUCGAGACCUGCAAGCCGACUGUCAAUUCUACGACCAACAUGGUGCUUCGGUACGACUCCACCGAACCACGUCGACGCACGUACGAUACCCUCCCCGCAGAGGCAGUCAGAGGAUACUUUCCCGAUGGGUUCCCUCCAGACCUUGGCCCCCCAAUCGUUCCCUUGCUUUCCAACAGCACCGGACGUCCGGAGGGCCGCUUUCCUCCCACUCCAGAGGAACUUCGGCUGAGGGACGCUCGCUCCAAGGCCGCCUUCUACAGUGCCACCCAGGAUCUUGCAAAGACUCUCGACGUGAGAAUUGCAGAGGCGCAGGGAAAACUUCGAGAUCUUGAGCUCGGCAUCAACAGCAUACGCGAGCGUACUGCAGCUCGCAAUGCGGAAAUUGACAUCGUACUCAACUCCUCCAAGCUUGGACAGCCAAAGCACGACUUUGACAUGAAAUCUGCGAAUGAGUUGCCAACUCAUGAGGCAGCCACGCCGCUUGUCAAUAUGGCCUUCUCGACUCUGCUCAACUACUGGGCCGAUGGUCGGCUCAUGGAAAUUCCAACCGGCUUCGGAAAGAUGGAGGACAGCAAGAUCUAA